AUGGAUUUUAUUAAAGGACUGCCUCCAAGCUCUGGGAAGAAUUGCAUCCUCGUGGUGGUCGAUCGUUUGUCUAAAUAUGGUCAUUUUGUGGCAAUCAAACAUCCCUACACUGCUGUACAAAUCGCUCAGAUUUUUAUCAAAGAGAUUUUUCGACUUCAUGGGUUGCCCCGCACCAUAGUCAGUGACCGUGAUCCUACUUUCCUAAGCACCAAGCUCUGCCACAGUUCAAUGUAUCAUCCUCAGUCCGACGGACAAACUGAGGUUCUCAACCGCACUCUAGAACACUAUUUGCGUUGCUUCGCAAGGGACAAACCCACCAGCUAG